AUGGCCAUCACUAAUCGCUUUGCCACCAGCAACGCCGUCAAACUGGAUGGCUUCAGUUUCUUCUCCUCUUUCUCCGGCAAACCAAACCACUUCUUGGCUCGUCGUUGGUCACAGACGACGACUCAUAGUAGAGGCCAAAUUUCAUGCUGUUAUCGUGAGACUUCGUUGAAAGCUGACACGCAGUUUGUGAUGCCUGUGACAGAAACAAAAUAUGACAGUGAAGGAAUUGGAAUCGUCGGUUUCUUAAAAGGGAAGAGCUAUUUCGUAACAGGUGCAACAGGGUUUCUUGCUAAAGUGUUGAUUGAGAAACUGUUGAGGGCAAGUCCUGAGAUUGGAAAGAUCUACCUUUUGAUGAAAUCCAAGGAUCAAGAUUCAGCCAACAAGAGACUCUAUGACGAGAUCAUAAGCUCGGAACUGUUCAAGCUUCUGAAAGAAAUGCACGGAAGCUUCUACGAAGACUUUAUGAAGAGAAAAUUGAUUCCAGUAGUUGGAGACAUGGGAGAGGAGAAUCUCGGGAUCGCAUCUGAAACGGCAGAAAAAAUAAGUGAGGAGAUUGAUGUCGUUAUAAACAGUGCUGGCCGUACAACAUUUGACGACAGAUACGACGCUGCACUAAGUGCCAAUGUUCUUGGACCGGAGAGGCUCUUGAGCUUCGGAAAGAAAUGCAAGAAACUGAAACUUUUCCUCCACGUUUCAACUGCUUUUGUGACUGGUAAGCAAGAGGGAACAGUACUAGAGACUCCUCUCUGCAUUGGAGAAAACAUAACUUCCGACUUGAACAUCGAAACAGAGCUGAAACUAGCCUCAGAAGCUGUAGGAAAUUUCCAUGGCAGUGAACAAUUCAAGAAACUGAAAGAACUUGGUAUCGAAAGAUCUCGGAGCUAUGGAUGGGAAUGCGCUUACACAUUCACAAAAGCCAUGGGUGAGAUCGUAAUUCAGAGCAAGCGAGGAGACAUGCCUGUAGUGAUCAUAAGGCCUAGUGUUAUAGAAAGCUCUUACAAGGAGCCUUUCCCUGGCUGGCUCCAAGGAAUUAGGAUGACUGCUCCAUUAAUCUUGGGAAACGGAAAAGAGCAGAUUCCUGACUUGUUGGCAGAUUAUGGAUCUAUAAUGGACGUUAUACCUGUUGAUAUGGUUGUGAACGGGACAAUAGCAGCCAUGGCAAAGCAUGGUUGUGGUGAUAAUGUCUCACUCCUCAAAGUUUACAAUGUUACUUCUUCAUCUAAUCCGAAUCCCUUGCGACUUGGCGAGAUGAUGGACUUGGCUCACCAACAUCUGUGUGACUCUCCAUUGCCAGAAAAAACAAAAGACUUAGAGCGCAUGAAGUACCACAGUUCCUUAGAGGGAUUCACCUCCUCUGUAUCCAAGACACUAGCAAAACACGAAAGAGAGAUGAACAAUGGAGAAGGAGAAGCAGAGUCACAUAUCAGACUGAGCAGGAAGGGGAAGAGGAAGCUAAACUAUUUUGUGUCCUUGGCAAAAGAAUAUCAGCCUUUCUUGUUCUUUAAAGCUCGGUUUGACGACACCAAUACAAGGAGUCUGAUUCAGGAAUUGUCAAUGGAAGAGAGAAAAAUGUUUGAUUUCGAUGGCAGUUUCAUUGACUGGGAGGACUAUGUUGUUAACAUUCAUCUCCCAGGCCUCAAAAAGGAACUCUUACGGAAAAGAUCCACUUAA